CAGACACCGCCCGGAGCUGUACCUGCUUGGUGAGUGACCUCUUGCCCAUCAAGACUCUCGAUUCCGCCUACCUUUCUAUUUUGUUUCCCGAAGAAAUAUUUUCUUUUCCUUCUUAUUUUCCGCCAAGCACGAUAAAUCACUUUCCCUUCUUUGCAGUUCGCGGUGUUUGGGAUAUCCCACUGGGCUGUGGAAGGCAUCCUCUCGACGCUUAUCCCGAAGAGCUUCAUCCAUUAUGGCGCUCGACAACUACUACCGCAAUAAAAUUGAGAGCAUGAAGCUCGAAAUAAUUCAAGGGCAGGCGGUACUACGAAGACUUGAAGCGCAACGUAAUGACUAUAAUUCGCGAGUGCGCCUACUGCGGGAAGAGCUCGGCCUACUCCAACAGCCCGGCUCUUAUGUCGGAGAGGUUGUGAAAGUCAUGAGCACAAAGAAGGUCCUAGUGAAAGUACACCCGGAGGGCAAAUAUGUUGUCGAUAUUGCGGAUGGCGUCGACAUCGGCAAACUGACUGUCGGCAAGCGUGUCGCCUUGCUUUCCGAUUCUUACAAACUUGAGAAGAUGCUACCCUCGUCCGUGGAUCCGUUGGUUUCGCUCAUGAUGGUUGAGAAAGUCCCUGACAGCACAUAUGACAUGAUUGGCGGUCUUGAUCAACAGAUUAAGGAAAUCAAGGAAGUUAUUGAACUUGGCUUGAAACAUCCCGAGCUAUUUGAAUCUCUAGGAAUUGCACAACCUAAAGGAGUUCUUCUUUACGGGCCGCCGGGAACCGGCAAAACACUCCUCGCUCGAGCCGUCGCUCACCAUACGGACUGCAGGUUCAUCCGUGUUAGCGGAUCAGAACUCGUGCAGAAGUAUAUUGGUGAAGGUAGUCGUAUGGUCCGUGAGCUAUUCGUUAUGGCUCGAGAGCAUGCGCCGAGUAUCAUUUUCAUGGACGAAAUCGACAGCAUUGGGUCCAGCCGUAUCGACUCCGCGGGCUCGGGUGACUCGGAAGUCCAGCGCACCAUGCUUGAACUUCUCAACCAAUUGGAUGGUUUCGAGCCGACCAAAAACAUCAAAAUCAUCAUGGCUACUAAUCGACUUGAUAUUUUGGAUCCAGCGUUGCUGCGUCCUGGAAGAAUCGAUAGAAAGAUCGAGUUCCCACCACCAUCGUAAGGCCCUCCGUUCAUUUCUGAUUGCUGUACUUGUGGCUGUGUCAUUUGGUCACUGACUUUGUAUUCGAAUAGCGUCGAAGCUCGUGCGGAUAUUCUACGUAUUCACUCUCGGUCAAUGAAUUUGACGCGUGGGAUUAAUCUCACGAAAAUUGCAGAAAAAAUG